AUGCCCCUAAAAAGAACACCACCAAAAACGACAGCUAGCACUGCACUAGACGUCCACCCACUACAGACACAUAGUCAAUCGGACCCAGAUUUAUGUGCUACCUAUAGUACGAAUGUAAUAACAGCUAAAGCAACACUGAGACCAAAAAGAAAAAGAGACAGAUCGGCAGAUCAUGCCGAUUUUGAAGAUUUUAAAAAUACCAUCAUGACAGUGCUUAAAGACUUACAGACUACUAUAAGUGAAAUUAAAGAACAGAAUGUAAAACUCCAAGAGUCUGUAGAUUUUACAGCUCAUAAGUAUGAUGAAAUUCUAACGAAAAUGAAGCAAAUAGAAGAAGAUAGAAAAGUGGACAAAACCUAUAUACGAUCUCUCGAGGAUAAAAUCGAUAGGUUAGAACAACAAAACCGCGCUUGUAGCAUUGAAAUACGGAACAUACCGAAAAAAGCCGGAGAAACUAAACAGGAUCUAACAGACACUUUAUAUGACAUCUGUAAAAUUAUAAAACUACCUCCACAGGAUAUAAUUGUUAAAGACAUAUUUAGAGUAAAUAAGAAAUCAAACACACCGACAGUUAUUGCUGAGUUGAAUACGGUUAACCAAAAAGAGUCUAUCUUAAAAUGUAUGAAGAAAUUUAACAAGGGAAAUAGUAAUAAUAAGCUUAAUUCUGAGCAAUUAAAAAUACAUGGACCGAGAGUACCUAUCUAUAUUUCAGAAAAUCUAUCCCCUAAAACUAAACGCCUAUACUUUCUAGCUAGAGAUUAUGCAGCACAAGAAAAAUAUAAGUUCUGUUGGACAUCUUACGGAAAGGUAUAUUUGAGAAAAGAAGAAGGAUCACCGCUGAAGCGUGUAAAUGCAGAUGAUGACUUAACUGAACUUAAAUUACAAAAGUGA